AUGCGAGUAAAUGCAACCACGGCCCUUUCGACGUUCUUGAGACCCAUCGCACUCUUCUCCGCCACCACCGCCAUCAGCGUCCUUUCGUUCUCCCUCCUCCAGCGAAGGGGCUUACUAUUUCCGGCGAACACAGAACCACCUAUGGCCGGAAGCUUAAUCAUCUGGCUCCACGGCCUCGGUGACUCCGGUCCGGCCAAUGAGCCCAUCCGCACCUUCUUCACAUCCUCAGAGUUCAGCAACACUAAGUGGUCCUUUCCGUCUGCGUCUCCUUCCCCCGUCUCAUGCAACUAUGGUGCUGUCAUGCCUUCAUGGUUUGAUAUUCAUGAGAUUCCUAUUGGCAUUGCUUCACCAAAAGAUGAAGGUGGAGUGCUCAAAGCUAUGAAGAGUAUACAUUCUAUGAUAGACAAAGAGAUUGCUGCUGGCAUAAGUCCUAAAAACAUAUUUAUAUGUGGAUUCAGUCAAGGAGGUGCUCUUACCUUAGCUAGUGUGCUUCUAUAUCCAAAAACUUUGGGGGGUGGAGCUGUGUUUAGUGGCUGGGUUCCUUUCAACAACACAAUUAGAGAAAAAGUCUCGCCUGAAGCAAGGAAGACACCCAUAUUAUGGUCCCAUGGGAUGGCUGAUCCAACUGUCUUAUUUGAAGCUGGUCAGGCAGGGCCUCCAUUUUUGGAAGAUCUUGGCAUGCAAUGUGAAUUUAAGGCUUACCCAAAUCUUGGGCAUUCCAUUAGCACAGAAGAGCUACGGUCACUUGUAUUAUGGAUCAAGAGUCGCUUGGGAGACCCGGACAUGGAAAAAAAGGUUUAUGGAGCUCCAAAAUCUUGAGGGGUCUCGAGCUUUACCACAACUAGAUCACCGCCUUCUAGCCCCCGCUAUCGUUGGACCACUGCUGCUCAGUCACCAUCGUCACCGUAUCAAACCACCAACAUUUGGGCACCCAGCCUCAAGAACACAACUACCCAACUACGAUCACACUGCCACCGGACCACCGUUUUCAGCUCACCGCUAUCGUCAGACCCUAGUUGCCGCCGUCGAACCACGACGUUUGACAGUUGCCACCGUUGGACCAUCGUUACCUUACCACCACCAGCAUUGCCACCGGACCAUCACUAUCUUGUUGGCACCAUCGGACCACCGCUGCCAAAUAACUACCUUCAUCAUCGUUGCACUAUCAUUGUCCGUCUUUGACGCCCCUAGUAAUCCAUCAUUAUUUGGUCAUCACCAUCAUCAGAUAAUUAUUGCCUUGCCACCAUCAGACUAUCUUCGUUAAGUCAUCGCCACCACCGGAGCUUUGCUACUCGGCCACCAUCAUCACC